AUGGAGCAGCCCGGGCAUUUGGGAGAAUUUCUAAUCUUAGAAGCUUUUAUCAGCUCACCGGACGGUCAGACUUCCGGCGGUCGCCGGCGCCGGCGCCGACCUCCUUCUCGGUGGAAGGGUCGGCGAAGUAGAGAGCUUGAGCGGACGCGGAGAGAGAAGCCUCUGUAA